AUAAAGUUAAAUGUUAUGUAUUUUUUUUGUUUUCUAUUUAUAUUUGGAAAAAAAAAAAUAAGAUAAUAUUGAUUUGUAUAAAGUAAGCUUAUUUGUUUUUAAAUAGGGUUAUUUAGUAGAAAAAAAGAUGAUAGAUUUAUUUAAGUUUGUUUUACAUAGUAUUCGUUCAAGAGUUUCAUUUCCUAGAACAAGGUUUUAUGAUGAGAGAAAUGGGGUUUCUUUGGAUCUUGCGUAUAUUACAGAUAGAAUUAUUGUUAUGUCUGCUCCUACAUUGUUAUUUCCAAAAAGGAUUUAUAGAAAUAAUCUUAAAGAUGUUCUUCGGUUUUUAGAACAAAGGCAUUCUGAAAAUUGGGUAAUUUUUGAAUUUUGUAAGGAAGGCACGGGAUAUUCAGAUAAGGAUUUUCUUUUUAAAGUUUUUCAUUAUCCUUUUCCUGAUCAUGAACCUCCUCCUUUUAGAAUUAUACCAGAAAUUGUGGAUUCUAUAUCGAAAUAUAUGAAUGCUUCUGAUGAUAAUGUGGUAGUAUUUCAUUGCAAAGCGGGAAAAGGACGGUCUGGUACAAUUGCAUGUUCCUAUUUGAUCUCAGAAGAAAAAUUGACAGCAGAAUCUGCUUUAUCUAAAUUUACGGAGGCUCGAAUUCAAAAAGGACAUGGUAAUGGUAUUACUAUUUUAUCUCAGAAACGCUAUAUUUUUUAUGUUGAAAAAUGGGUUUCAAUGGGGAAAAAAUAUCAGGAAUUAGAUAUUAUAAUUUCACAAAUUGAAAUUUUUACUGAGAACAAGAAAAUUGGUUGUAAAAUUUAUGGAUAUAACGAUGAUAAUAGAAUUGACUGUCUUUAUACUUUUUUACCUCCAGAAAUAGUGAUAAAUAAUUCUACAAUGAUUUUUACACCAACUAUAAAGUUCAUAUCUAGGGAAGAUAUUUGUGUAGAAAUUUAUCAUCAGUCUAGAUUUAAAAAAAAUGUUUUAAAAGCUCAUUGCUGGUUUAAUGUCUUUUUUGAAAGAGAUGCUGGUCAAACCGAAGGGAUCUUUUCAGUUGACUUUGAAAAUUGUGAUUAUUUAAAAACCACUUGUAGAGAUAAAUCAAAAUUAUUUGACAAGUUUAUUUUAAAAUGGAAAAUUUUUUAAAUUACCUUAUAAUCAAGGGCUAUAAAUGAUUUACAUUCAUUUAUAAGAAGGCUUAUUUUAUAUACUUAUAAACUAUAUUUCUUUACAAAAGCAAAUUAACACGACUUGUCGAAAAAAUAAAAACAUUAAAAAAAUAGAAAAUAUAAGAAAUUAGCUUUGAUCUAUCUAGAUUAAUUUUUCAGGAUCUUUGAUUUUUUUACUUUAUUAUAGGAAAUUUUAUGAGUUGUAUGGAAUAUUUAUAAAAGAAGUAUUUUUGACUGUUGAUUAUGAUAUCGGAUAUAUUAACAUCUGAUAAUAAAUAUAUUAAGGAUUCAUUGAUUACAGAAUCAAUGAAAGAAGAGGAAAUGAAGAUGAUUGGUAGUUCUAUUGAUGGGCCUCAGAAAGA